GUGAUUGACCGUGUUGUAUACAUCAUCUCCUGGAUCUGUGUCUUGUAAACUCAUCUCUUGGAACACUACGAAGAUGCCGUAGCGACUUUGCUAAUGUACUUUUUUGUUUGUCACACUUUUCCUUUUGUUGUUGUUUGUAAAUAGAAGUAGCUUCAGAUUCAGUGCCAAUACCCAUAGUUUCAGCUAGGUUAAAACAGUAAUACAGUUUCCAUCAGGAUUAGUGCACGCAAAAGUAAAAGAGUAAGAGUCAUCAUCAUACAUGAAUGAAUGUUAAGAAAGUUAAAGUGAAAUGCACACAGUCUGAGUUUAUUGAUCAUGGUUAAUAGUUUUCAAAGUUUCAGAACGCCUUGCCUUUGCGUGGUGGACAGAAAUCUGUACGACGAAGGAAUCUUUUUUUGCGGUUCAAUGCAGCAGAGUGUUGCAGCAGCUGGACGAAUGAAUCCAAGCGCUACGAUGUGUGUCAGCCGCAGCCCGGAACGGUUUUGAAAGCUGCACGAUGAACUCGUUAUCGAGUUUUGAUGGAGAGUGAGUUGUUGCUCGAGACAGUUUUGCUUGAUUAUGCUGCAGCUUGAGCGCUAGCUACGCAUAGAGGGUGCACGAGGGCAGAUGACUUGAAAAAUUUGUUGAUGAGAGGUUGUUGUUUGAUUCUCCCCUUAGUAUGUACGCAGACCAUCAUGGCGCCAUCGAUACGGCCUCACUGUGCAACAACUGCCGCUGCAUUCUGGCCUCGGAAGUCGUGCUACGGGACGCGUUUGUUCUUCCACGGGAAGAUGCUAGUAUCACUUCUGCUCUAUCUUCACGGUCUAGGUGCGCCAGCCGCCGCAGGAACAACCGACGCACUGAGCACCGUGUUCUCCGCCGGAGAUGAGACGCACGACAGCGCCGCGCUGACGGCAGAGCUCCUGCGGGACACGGAGGUGUUACGGUAUGCCAUGCCGGACGUGAAAGUUCUGGAGAACGGGUGCUCGGUUUCGCAGUACGAGACGGUCCAGUGCGACUGCUGUUUGCGACAUUUCACGCACUACCGACAGCUGGAGACCUACGCUCAUGACGGCAGGUUGCGGUGCCGCGAGUACAUCGACGUGCGGGCGGACGUUCCGCCCGAGUGCCAAGUGGACACACCGGUGACCCCGGCGUCCCAGAAUGCCGUCCUGAAAGCCUUGCUGCAGCAGCGCGCGGCGCGGCUCAGCGACAACGCCGACGAGGGGAUGGUUCAGGAGAAGGAGCAAGCCUUCAAAGAGGCGCUGGACAAGUAUGUGGUGGACGUGCUGAGCUUCGGCCCGGAGCCCGGGAGAUCGAAGCACAUUUGGCCGCGGAUCCGGUGUGACGACGGUCGGUUAGUUUGCGAGUGUCCGGACGAGUUGGGCAGUGCGGUGGAUGACGCGCUCAAAGACGACCAGAAGCGGUGCACAGAAGAGGCGCAGCGCUGCGUGCCGUACACAGAGGACCAAAUCAAAAACCCGUUCUCGAACUUCCGCCUGCACGAACUCCCCACCUACGAAACCUUCGCCACCCGGUACCACAACGCGCGGCUGUGGACGGCGCCAGACACUGGCCUCCCGAAGGACGACUUGCUUGCGCAGCAGCAGAAAACACUGCCGCACUGCCGAGAUACAGAUACUAGCACAAGUACUGGUGCAGGGGACAAGCAAGCGGUCGUUACCUCCUCCCCGGCUUCGUCUCCAUCACUUCCACCCGGAAACGCUGCACCGCCGGUGGUAA